AUGAAUCCAAACAACAUUGUUGGUGAUCGUACAGACCCAGGCACGAAUGAUGACGAUCGACAACCUAUCUAUCAAAGAAUUGAAAACGGACAAGCACAGGUUCCACCAGAAAUCCAACAACAAACAGCUGCUGCUAUGAAUGAUCAAGAGAAAAACAACACACCACAAGAUGAUCGUGAUAUUAUGAUGCACCAAAUGAUGGGCCAACAGCAGCAAACAGCACCACAGCACAUAGGAGACGAUACAGCUCAUCCAGUGUCGAACCAGCAACAACCUCCGAUGGCGAAUGAACACCACCAACACGGGAAUGAUGUUUCUCGUCCAACUCUCGAUCAUGAAGGCCAAGGUGAUGUACCAAGAGAACAAGUGGAGAGUCAGCAACAACCCCCACCACAACUUCUUCUCGAAGAAAUUGCCUUCAACGAAAGAAUGACAAGUUUCGGGAUGCAACCAUUGAGUUUUUCACUUGACGGCAACGAGCAAAAACUCGCUCACUCUUUGAUUUAUUUUGCUCAAUGUUGUUUGUUCCGCAAUUUUCAACCAACUACUGACAACUUGUAUUACAUUAUUUUGCUGUUUAACAAGUACAGUUUCACCAAAGUGUAUAGUCAAUCAAAGAUCACCCUCGACGAUUAUAGACAGUUACUUCGUGAUCUCUUUUCAGUAUUACAGAGAUUGACCACAGGGUACAAUAAUGUUGACACUCAUAUGAGCUCAAACCAAGUACCUUCAAUCCAGUCAGAUCAUACCAAUUAUAACACUUAUGUUCCCAAUGAAAAUCUAUACAACCAAGAAACCUUAAAUAGAUUAGAGAGAUUGAUCAACUUGAAAAAUCGACAACAUCCUAUGAAAGAGUUAACUUAUUCUGAAGAUAGAGAUGUUUCUAAACUGGCCAGUGAUUUGAAUGAGAUUGGAAAAAAUUUUGAAAAGUAUUAUCCAUCGAAUGAUGGAAUUAGAUCUGUUUUAAAGCGUCUUGAAAAUUGCCAUAUUACUGAUGUUUCACUUGAUUACAGAGAACAGACUUUGAGUUUUCCAAAGUAUAUCAAGCUUCUACGAGAUUUGAAGUCGCAUAUCGAUAAAAACAUACAAAAAGAAAGCUCAUCAAGCUUUGUAUCUUCCUUCCAAAGUUGGUUUGGAUAUAAAAAGAAAAAACCAAACGAGAACAUGUUGUCUUAUGUUUUGACUUUGGCGGAGGAAAACAUCGAAGGGAAACCGGUAGAAGUAGAUAUAAAAACAAUUAAGGAGGGUAUUGAUGACUUUAUUUCCAACUUUCUUUCAACAAGUUAUUUUUAUCAACAGAGAGACGUAGAGGUAGAUUUUUAUUCAAUGCUUCCAAGUAUUCGUGAGAUGAGCGAAUUAUAUAACGGCCACAUUGUUUUGACGCCACUUCUAGCUCUUCAAAUUGUUCUAUCAGUUUUGUUGAACAAAAAGAAUGAUUUACCCAAGCUUUUGGAAAUACUCUCGAAUAUUGCCACAGGCCCAAACAUUGAAGGUCUUGGGUGGAGCAAACAAAUACUCAAAAAACUUAGACACUAUUUGACGAAAGUUGAAAAGAAGCACUUUGAGUACGAAUAUUUGGUGACUGUAUUACUUACACGACUCGGCUCAAAAAAGUGGAUUAGUUUUUGGAAGACUGUUAGAAUAAUUUCUUCCAAAGAGUUCGAUUGGUGUUAUGAAGUAUAUGUCAGGACAAAUUCUAUCAAUUGCCCUCAAUUGAUUGCAGAGGCUUUGAGGAAGGUAAAGGAUCCUCAUAAUUCUCAACAUCUGCAAGAGUUUCUUGCAAACAUAUUGCGACAAAAUUUGUACCUUUUUGACACAGUUUGGAAUCAACUAGUUGAGAAUGUUGACGAUAUUAUAUUUUGUACUUCCUUACUGUUAAGACUAAUUCCAAACUCCUCUUACAAGUUUAGUGAAAAAUUGAUAGAAUCAGUUGUUCCAAAAAAUCUAACAUCAUUGAAAGAGAAGACUUUAAAGGAAGUUUUGAACGUCUUAAAUAGUUAUCCAACCCAUCGACAAACUUAUCUCAAAAUACUCAAUUCCAGGAUAUCUUGGAAAAACAUCACAGUCCUUGAAAUGAAGACUGUUGUAAACUCUUUUCCCUCAAUGGUGGAUCUAGAAAAGCUUUUUUCCUUUUUUCAAAAGGAAAUCUCACGAAAAAAUUUGGAUCCCUUACUUGAAAUACUUGGUCUCUUUAUUGAAAAACACGCACCAAUCUCCUUUGAACUUAUGGACUCAAUUGUGGUAAAGUGGAUAGAUGUGGCGCCAAAUUUAGAUGCCAUCAUAAGUCUUUUGAACUGUGAUCAAAUUGCAAAUUGGUCUUUGGACAUUUCUCCGCAAGACAUGGAUGUACUCGGAGAACGCAUUACAGAUUUGUUAUCAAGAAAAUUUAGCUUUGAAAAGAGAUUACAGGCCAUGAACUUUAUGUUUCGUCUUCUCGGAAAUGUAAAUGCGGCAAUUCCGUUCGUCAAAGUUUUCUCCAACAAGUUCGUGGUCUCUUGCUAUUCUUCUGCAGUUACUUUGAAACAAAAACAAAUGGUUACUUCCCAAUUAACCAAAUCAUUAGCAGCUGCUAAAAAUGCGUAUCUAUUUUUCCCUAUUUUGUUUUCAUACAGCGAAGCUGUUGAUGACAUCAGAGAAUUUGUUGAUUCCAUCGAUAUGUAUAUUGAAAUCAUUACCAUUUGGAAAAAGCAAAUAACCAAUGCUAAAGAUGCCGAAGAACAAUUCGAACAGUGUAUUAGAACGCCUAUCCGAAACAUGAAAGAAAAAAUAACCGAUCAAAGAGUGACGGUUGAAGAAAUGGAAUUGUUGUGUAAUCACAAAGAUAGCAUAGCUAAAUUGUUCAAAGAGAUUGGAGACCCAGAGAAAAUUAAUUUCAACACAAAGCUUCAGUAUGCCAAUGAGCGAAAAAAGCUGUAUGAACAAUAUACAAACAUGAUAGCGUGGUUUAAAGAAUUUCCAUCCUUGUUCUCCCUACUGGCCGUAUUGGAACUGCCUCCUACUAGUGAGAACAUAACCAUAAAUGCUAUGGAGGACAAAAUAUCGAUCUUCCAGGAAAUGCUUAGUGAAUUCGACAAAGAUGACACAAGACCUCUCAUUUUACAUUUUCAGACAAAUAAGAGUUUGCUUUUUAACUCAUUGUUUAACAGGUUUUUACAUGAUCGAUCAGUUACAACCUUCGAGGACGCGGCCAAUGUAUUGAGAGACGUUAUUUACUUUUUAAAGACAAUUGAACAAUCCACAAUUCAAGUACUUAAAGAUUAUCAAAUUUUGGAGGUGGCUAAGCAAAUUAGAUCUAAAGGAACAACAUUGAAACGAGAAAUAGAGAUGAUCACUGAAGCUUUCAGCUCAUCGGAUAGACAUGCGAACGAAGUAGAUUUACAAUCUCUACGAAGAGCUUUCGAAUUAGAAGAAAUUGGUCUGGGUAUUGAAAGUUUACGAGAUUGCCUCAAAGAUUACAAUAUGGACAUUAUAAGACAACCCUCGUUCCAACGUUUAUUAGAUCUUGGUGAUGAAUUGAGGUUAUUGUCAGGCCGUACAUUAGACAGUGUGGAUAGAAUGUUUCAAAAAACAAAAGAAACUUUACAUGGAUUAGAAUCAUUCCAUUUUGAGUAUUUUUCAAAGAUGCUCGCACCUGAGUCAAAGGGACUCUUACAGUUCAUCAAAGAUAAUAUUGACAACUUUGAUGAAUCCGUAAAAAUUGUAAGAGCACGCAGUCGAAGCACCAAGUUUCAUGAGGAGUUAGUGAACUCUCUCAUGAUAGCAAAAGAGUUAAUCACUCCAUUUCUUAAUCCAAAAAUUUCUUAUGAUGACCUUAUCAAGAAGGUUAUUGACAUCUUUAAGAAGGAAGAGGAUUUAACCAAGCUCAAAGAUCUCCAAAUUGCCAAUGAGAACCUCACAACUGUCAAAGUUCUCUUCUCAAAAACUUCUACCAUCAGUCUUGAUGACAUAUUUGAGAUUGUUUCCACAAUUAUAAAGUCAGGACAUUAUGUCUCUAACUUAAAGACAGGAGAACUUGCUAUUCAUUACAAUAUUCAAACAGAAAAGAAAGAGGUUUUUGGAGAAGAAUUACUGGAUCUUGUAGGAAUUUCCAUUUUCAGAUCUUCUGAUACAGCUACCGACUUGAACGAUAACGCAACUUUAAAGAAUAAUUUGAAGUUAUUUGUCAUGAUGUACCAGACAGCAUUGAAAUCUCACUCUGUUGCAUUGAGCUUAUUCAAGGAAGGACAUCCAAAAUAUAAAGAUUACGAGCAGAUAGAUCUUUGCGAAGAUAUGACUGUAGAAAGCUUGGAACAACACUACAAUACCUUUGAGAAUGCUUUGAAAGAAUGGAAGACCGCAAUUAAACAUCUGACUGAACAAUCACCAAGAAUACUGAAACUUUCACGCCCUCAACUCACACAAUUCGUUUCAAUAUUGCUGAACAUUUCUAAAGUUGGUGAAACAAACGAUUGCUCGUAUUCUCAUCUUAUACCAUACCUUUACACUAUUCUAAGCGAUGAUUUAGAGAGCCUACAAGUGGACUUUACUACUGAGAUGGUGAAAAAUACACUCUACACAUUAAGACAAGAAAAUCCUGAUUUAGACAAUUUAGAACUAGUGAAGAGAUUUGUGGAGACUACAUUAUCUUCUUUCGAUAUUGACUCCGAAAUUGAAGCAUCCAAUGCUAAAUAUCAAUCAAAAGCGAUUUUUGAUGUGGCACCUAAGGAUAUACCUCUCUUAAUUAUAGGGAUCAUGAUAGAAAUGCUUCCAGAAAAAUCAACUUCGUUAAUUCAAUAUUCAAACGUUCUGUAUUGCACCUCAUCUACUACCAAGGAAGAAAUGCAAUGGUUUAAUAACAAACGAAAGAUUUUUGCUGAUUCCACAUAUGUCAUUGUGGGAGUAAAUAAUCUUGGAUUGAGCGUUAAGGAAGAAUUAGUGAAAUUUGAGUAUGAUGCUUAUGACAGUAGUAAGAGUGUUGGCAAAACAUUUUUACUCUUUACAUCUGAUAUGGGACGAGAUUCUUUUUCGUUUAUUGGCACAACAUCUUCCGCAGAUGUGACCGAACAUGAUCACAUAAAAAAGUUUAUUCGGACAAGGUUUUUGAGCAAACCGGAGCUUAAGAUCAAAGACAUCCAUCUUGUGAAGGGACCUAUUUGUUGUGGAAAAUCUCGCUUUAUUAAGAAGAAAAAGAGCGGUGACACUGAACAGUACUUGAGAGUUUCGGUACGAGAGGACUUUUCUAAAUCACACUUUUUUGAAUGUCUGUCGCGAUAUGACGAAAGCAUGAAGCAUAUAUUAUUUCACUUCGAUAUUUCUUGCUUUGCUGAAUUUUUGGAAUUCGAGAAAUUCAUAUUGGAGUGGUUAUUGGGAGGCUACCUUCAUUUAGAUAACGGAAAAAUUGUUGUUAACCCAUGGAAAACAAAUAUUGAAAGUGUCAAAUUGUUCUUUGAGGUUCCUUGCACUCUGGACAAGAAAGAGCCAGAAUUAGAACUUCUAAAAUUUUUGUCGUACUCUGAACCAAAAGUUCUGAAUGCAAAUGUUGACACUUUUGACUACUCAUCAAAGAAGGCCCGUUAUGUUGCGACUAUUUUGAACUUGUUCAACAAAAAGACCGUGAAUAAUAUUGAAGUAUUCAUUCAAGAAGAACAAAAUUUGAUUUCAGGUCAUGAAUCGAAAGAGAUUUUGUGUGAUUUGUUUAAACGGUCAGAUAUUACACCGAGUCACGCCCACAGAAAGUUAUUUAUCAAAUUGAUGCAUGAACGAUGCAAAGAACUUGCAAAAUUCCACAAACACUACAUUGAUAUGAGAAAGAGAUCAACUGAGGACAACUUAGAAGAAGAUAUAUUUGGGCAUACUGAAGCCCUUCUCAAGUCCAUUAAUACCAAAUUGAUCCCUAUAUUCAAAGAGGAAUGUAUUGUUAUGUCAAACGAUGAGAUCAAACAGAGUUGGGUGAACCUUCCUGUAUUGUUUGCAGUUCCUUCUGACUCUGGACUUAUAAAGGAAUAUGACAUCAUCAAGUGUUCGGGCUGCAAGAGACAAAUGAACAUUGAGGAUAUGCGUAUAAUUGACAUUGAUAAGGAUAAUGAAAGCAAAAUAAGAUCCAUGCUCAAUACAACAUUUAACACCAAUGCUACCAAUCUAUGUGAAUCUACAGACUUCCUUCUAACCAAAGAUUUUGUCAUCAAAAUUCAUUUGGUGAAUGAAAGAAGAAAGUUGGCAAGUCCUUAA